AUGCAAUCCAUCUCUACCAUUGUCGUAGCCUUCGGGCUUCUCGCCUCGCAAGUCACAGCCACGAUCGCCUUGGGCAACAAUGCCAAUAACAUCUGCAAAUUAACAGCCUCGAUAGAUUCUCCUCGACGAACGUGUUGGGAAUCAGCAGUAAUGUGGAUCUACAGUGACAACUCAUGCAGUGGCGUCGUCAUCCCCAGCUCACCUGUUAAUGUAUCGAACGGUUUCAAUUGCAAGUACUGUCUUUCUACUGACAACUCCAAUCGCAGACGCACAUCAGGGGUUGCGGAACCGACACAUGAUGAAUUGACAACAAUGAUGGAUCAUUCGCCCAUAAACGCGCUCGCAUUAGCCCUCCUUCCAACACGGAUUGCGGCGUUCAGCUCACGUGAAAGCGCUAAGCGUGAGCCCACCGUCUGA